CGUGCCACCCCAGGGUGGGAAUGCUAAGACAGACAGGCGGUUUAUUUUUGGGUCAGUGACAGUGUUUCAAUGGCCGCAGAUGCAUCGCAAAGGAAGGCUCUGAGAUACCAGCAGACCGUGCUAUAUGGAGAGUACAGGGAGCACCCUGGUGGGUCCCAGCGGAGAGAGGCCUCUCGCCUUCUGAUGGAGAGACAGAGGAAAAAACAUGGACAUCACCACCAUCACAGUCACCAUGGGCGCAGUCACAGCCGAAGUCGCCACCAUCUGGAGCUGGACAUAGGCAGCAUUCAUGACAGACAGGAGGAGGAGCAGGGCCACACAUCCUCGUUCAAGAAACGCCGAUCCUACUCCAAGUGCAGAGACUGUGUGGCUCGAGUACAGAAGUUCCUCAUCUCUAAAUUGGGAGAAGACUGGAUCUUUUUGGUGUUGUUGGGUAUUACCAUGGCAUUAGUUAGCUGGACCAUGGAUUAUGCUAGUGCCAAGAGUCUGCAAGCAUAUAAGUGGUUUUAUGGGGAGUUGAGGGGAAAUAUCCCACUGCAGUACCUGAUCUGGGUCUUCUAUCCCAUGGUGCUCAUCCUGUUUGCCUCCCUGUUCUGCCACCUGGUUGCUCCUCAGGCCAUUGGCUCUGGUAUUCCAGAGCUGAAAACCAUACUCAGAGGUGUUGUGCUGAAGGAGUAUUUGACACUCAAGGCAUUUAUUGCAAAGGUGGUGGGACUCACUGCUGGUCUGGGCAGCGGUAUGCCGGUUGGCAAAGAGGGUCCCUUUGUUCACAUAGCCAGUAUCUGUGCAGCUGUGCUCAGCAAGUUUAUGUCUUUCUUCUCUGGAGUCUAUCAGAGCCCAUAUUGUUAUACAGACAUCCUCACAGUGGGCUGUGCUGUGGGGGUUGGAUGCUGUUUUGGAACCCCUCUUGGAGGUGUUUUGUUCAGCAUUGAAGUUACAUCAACCUAUUUUGCUGUGAGAAACUACUGGAGGGGUUACUUUGCUGCCACAUUCAGUGCUUUUAUUUUCAGAGUGCUGUCUGUGUUUAAUAAGGAUGCAGUCACCAUCACUGCUCUCUUCCGAACCAACUUCCGCAUGGAUUUUCCUUUCGACCUGCAGGAGCUCCCGGCGUUCGCCAUUAUUGGCAUUUCUUGUGGGUUCCUGGGAGCUUUCUUCGUUUACCUGAACCGCCAAGUUGUCCUGUUCAUGAGAAGACCUAACAUUCUCACACGAUUCCUUACAAAACACCGGCUGAUUUUCCCUGCUGUUGUGACCUUAGUCAUUACGACACUGACAUUCCCUCCAGGCUUUGGGCAGUUCAUGGCUGGAGAGCUGAUGCCCAGGGAGUGCAUCAACUCUCUGUUUGAUAACUUCACUUGGACUAAAAUAUGGGGUUCCUCCCUCCCUCCUGGUCUCGGUCGCUCUGCUGUGUGGUUUCACCCUGAUGUCAGCAUCUUUGUCAUUCUUAUUCUCUUCUUUAUCAUGAAGUUCUGGAUGUCUGCAGUUUCCACCACGAUGCCCAUCCCGUCUGGAGCUUUCAUGCCUGUCUUUGUAUUGGGUGCCGCAUUCGGUCGUUUAGUGGGUGAGAUCAUGGCUACUCUCUUUCCUCACGGUAUCCUGUUUGAUGGAAUACUGUACCGCAUCAUCCCUGGAGGGUACGCUGUCAUUGGUGCGGCGGCGCUGACAGGGGCCGUCACUCAUACUGUUUCCACGGCGGUGAUCUGCUUCGAGCUGACCGGUCAGAUCUCUCACAUCCUUCCCAUGAUGGUCGCCGUCAUCCUGGCCAACAUGGUAGCGCAGGGUCUGCAGCCAUCGCUGUACGACUCCAUCAUCCAGGUCAAGAAGCUGCCCUAUCUCCCCGAGCUGGGCUUCGGCCACAUAAGCCAGUAUAACAUCUUCGUGGAGGACAUCAUGGUGAGGAAAGUCAAGUUUUUAUCUUCCCACUCUACAUACAGAGAAGGACUGCAUUUGCUGGACUCGACCUCUUUAAAAACCUUCCCGCUGGUCGACUCAAAAGAAUCUAUGAUUCUAUUGGGCAGUAUUGAGAGGUCUGAGCUUCUCGCCCUCUGUGAUUGGUGGCUGUCAGCAGAGAGGCGGAUCCUAACACAAGGACAGAGCUCACAAGGUCAAGUGCCUUGUGCCAAAAUCAGCUGGGAAUCUUUUGCCUUUGUUGAUGAGGAGGAAGAGGAGAAUGAAGAUGAUAAGACGAUACCAGAUAAAGAGGAAAGAAACGGUCCUGUGCCUCCAUCCAAACCUUCAGAACCAUCCACCAAUCACACAUCUCCCGAUAAGGGUCCUUCCCAGUCUUUCGGGAGAAUUUUACGUAACUACUUUUCAUCCUCUUCAGAACGACACACAGAAGGUCAGCCACAGGAGCCUUAUCCUCCACCUUUAACUGACACAAUGACACCAGAACAGAUCAAAGCCUGGGAGGAGACAGAGAUGGACAAACCUCUGGAAAUCGAUCAGAUCAGAAUAGACCCCUCCCCCUUCCAGCUGGUGGAGAGAACGUCACUACAUAAGACUCAUACCUUGUUCUCUCUACUGGGCCUCAGUCAUGCCUAUGUAACCAAUACUGGAAAACUAGUGGGAGUUGUGGCACUGAAAGAGCUCCAAAAAGCCAUUGAGGGCUCCACGCGCAGUGGCGUGCGCUUGCGCCCCCCUUUGGCCAGUUUCCGUGACACAAUUCGUAAAGCUUCGAAGCCACCUCCGGCCUCCUCCCCUCCAUCCUCGCCCGGCUCCACCACAGCUCCUUCCUCGCCUCUCUCUGUACCCGUGGUCCCUCAUGCUCAUUCCCCCAGCCCAGCGGCCCCAGUGAAGGAGGAGAUGGAAGUGUGGAUUGAGGGCGUGAAGCGGGAAGUGAUUGUAGGGAACAACAGUAGCUCGACAACAGGAAGCAGUAGCGGGACAGGAAGUAGUGACAGUGAGAAAGGAAGUCCCGAUAGCAGCCCAAACCUGCCGCCCUCUUCUCCUCCACCCCCCAUCCCUCUCUCCACCCUGCAGCCCGUCCCGGAGAACAAGGAAGGUGAAGAAAAUGAGGACGAGGAGCCCCUUUAGAACAAGUAAAGUUUGUUUUUCUUUUUGAGGUGUGAUCAGUGUACUUUUUUCACAUUUA